AUGAAAGAAUCUUAUGAUAUGCAGCAUGCAUAUGCUGAGGAUGCGGAGGAUGACCUAGUUUACCAGUGGGUUAGGUCGGAUGACUUAGAUACCUCGGAUGGGCGACCAGAGCCACAUAUUGCCGCAGAAGCAGAGACACAAGGGAUUGAUGUUAACAAACAUGUGGAGCAGCAAAGGUCUCCUGAUGAGGCAUUCGACCCAUUAAUAAGGAGUCCGGAGGGCAGCCCGCGACAGUCACUAUCACGCGGGACACGUGGCGGGGAAACAUUGUCUGACACCGACACUGAGUCAGAGAGUGAUGCAGGAAAUCAGUCCGGUGAUGAUGAUGGCAGCGAUAAGGGUGACGAUGACUCUGAUGACAGUAAGGAUGAUGAUGGUGGUGGUGGUGGUGGUGACGGAGAUGGUGGCGACACGGGUAGGAGUCGGGAUAAGAGGCCUCUUAGCCGUUUUACUUGGGAGGAGAAUUUCGAUCAUUCCACGUAG